AUGCCACCUAAUAUAAACUGGAAAGAUAUAAUGAAAGUUGACCCAGAUGACCUACCUCGGCAAGAAGAACUGGCAGAUAAUUUGUUGAUUUCCCUAUCCAAGGUGGAAAUCAAUGAAAUAAAAAGUGAAAAUCAAGAAAGCUUGAUACAACUUUUCAGAGUUACUCAGUCACUAAUGAAGAUGAAAGCUCAAGAAGUAGAGCUUGCAUUGGAAGAAGUUGAAAAAGCUGGAGAAGAACAAGCAAAAUUUGAAAAUCAAUUAAAGAGUAAAUUGAUGAAACUGGAAAACGAACUGGAGAUGGCACAGCAGUCUGCAGGUGGACGUGAUACUCGGUUUUUACGUGAUGAAAUCCGCCAACUUGAAAAGCAGCUGGAACAAAAAGAUAGAGAAUUGGAAGACAUGGAAAAGGAAUUAGAAAAAGAAAAGAAAGUUAAUGAACAAUUGGCUCUUCGAAAUGAGGAGGCAGAAAAUGAAAACAGCAAAUUAAGAAGAGAGAACAAAUGUCUAAAGAAAAAAAAUGAGCAACUUCGUCAGGAUAUUAUUGACUAUCAGAAGCAAAUAGAUUCACAAAAAGAAACACUUCUAUCAAGAAGAGGCGAAGACAGUGACUACCGAUCACAGCUGUCUAAAAAAAACUAUGAACUUGUACAAUAUCUAGAUGAAAUUCAGACUUUAACUGAAGCUAAUGAGAAAAUUGACAUUCAGAACCAAGAAAUGAGAAAAAACCUAGAGGAAUCUGUACAGGAAAUGGAAAAGAUGACUGAUGAAUAUAAUAGAAUGAAAGCAGUUGUACAUCAAACAGAUAAUGUCAUGGAUCAGUUAAAAAAAGAAAAUGAGCAUUAUCGGCUUCAAGUGCAGGAGCUCACAGGACUUUUGAAAGCAAAAAAUGAAGAAGAUGAUCCAGUCAUGGUAGCUGUCAAUGCUAAAGUAGAAGAAUGGAAGUUAAUUUUAUCUUCUAAAGAUGACGAAAUUAUUGAAUAUCAGCAAAUGUUACAUAAUUUGAGGGAGAAACUUAAAAAUGCCCAACUUGAUGCUGAUAAAAGUAAUGUUAUGGCUCUACAACAGGGUAUACAGGAACGAGAUAGUCAAAUUAAAAUGCUCAUUGAACAAGCAGAACAAUAUACAAAAGAAAUGGAAAAAAAUACUUUUAUUAUUGAAGAUUUGAAAACUGAACUCCAAAGAAACAAAGGUGCUUCAACCAUUUCACAACAGACUCAUUAUAUGAAAAUUCAAUCAAAACUUCAAAGUUUAGAAGAGAAGGCUAAAGAGGCUGAGAGAACAGCUGAAUUGGCAGAGGCCGAUGCCAGGGAAAAGGAUAAAGAACUUGUUGAGAUUCUGAAGCGAUUAAAAGAUUAUGAAUCAGGAGUAUAUGGUUUAGAAGAUGCUGUUGUUGAAAUAAAGAAUUGUAAAAAUCAAAUUAAAAUAAGAGAUCGAGAGAUUGAAGUAUUGACAAAGGAAAUCAAUAAACUGGAGAUGAAGAUCAAUGAUUUUCUUGAUGAAAAUGAGGCACUUAGAGAACGUGCAGGCCUUGAACCGAAGACAAUGAUUGAUUUAACUGAGUUUAGAAAUAGCAAAAACUUAAAACAGCAACAGUACAGAGCUGAAAACCAGAUUCUUUUGAAAGAGAUUGAAAGUCUAGAGGAAGAACGACUUGAUCUCAAAAAAAAAAUUCGUCAAAUGGCUCAAGAAAGGGGAAAAAGAGCUGCAACUAUAGGAUUAACAGUAGAGGACCUGAACCUAACUGAAAACUUUUAUCAGGAGAACAGAAUAGAAGAAAGAAAAUUUGACUUUAUAAGCCUCAAAAAUGUUAGUGAUGCUCAAUCAAAGAAUGAAUUUCUUUCAAGAGAACUCAUUGAAAAGGAAAAAGAUUUAGAAAGAAGUAAAACUGUAAUAGCCAAAUUUCAGAAUAAAUUAAGAGAAUUAGUUGAAGAAAAUAAACAACUUGAAGCAGGUAUGAAGGAGAUACUACAAGCUAUUAAAGAAAUGCAGAAAGAUCCUGAUAUUAAAGGAGGAGAAACAGCUCUAAUUAUCCCUAGUCUUGAAAGACUGGUUAAUGCUAUAGAAUCAAAGAAUGCAGAAGGAAUCUUUGAUGCCAACCUUCAUUUGAAAGCCCAAGUUGAUCAAUUUACUGGGAGGAAUGAAGAAUUAAGACAAGAGCUUAGGGAAGCUCGGAAGGAGGCUAUAAAUUAUUCACAGCAGUUGACUAAAGCAAAUUUAAAGAUAGAUCAUCUUGAAAAAGAGGUCAAUCUUUUACGACAAUCAGAAGCAUCAAAUGUUAUUUUUAAAGCAAUGGACUUACCUGAUGGAAUAGCGCCCUCUAGUGCCAAUAUCAUUAAUUCUCAGAAUGAAUAUUUAAUAUAUCUCUUACAGGAAAUAGAGAAUAAAGAAAAGAAGUUAAAUAAUUUAGAGGAGUCUCUUGAAGAAUAUAAUAGAAAAUUUGCAGUUAUUCGUCACCAGCAAAGCUUAUUAUAUAAAGAAUAUCUAAGUGAAAAGGAGGCAUGGAAAACAGAGUCUGAAACAAUAAAAGAGGAAAAGAGAAAACUUGAAGACCAAAUCCAACAAGAUGCUGUAAAAGUAAAAGAAUAUAAUAAUUUACUGAAUGCUCUUCAGGUGGAUUCAGACGAAAUGAAAAAAAUACUUUCAGAAAACAGUAGAAAAAUCACAGUAUUGCAAGUAAAUGAAAAGUCACUCAUAAGGCAAUAUACAACUUUAGUAGAAAUGGAACGACAACUUAGAAAAGAAAAUGGAAAACAAAAGAGCGAUUUGAUGUCAAUGGAAGCAGAUGUUUGUGAAAAAAUUGGACGCUUGCAAAGAUUUAAGGAAAUGGCCAUCUUCAAGAUUGCAGCUCUCCAAAAAGUGUUAGAUAAUAGUGUUUCUCUGUCUGAACUAGAAUUGGCCAAUAAACAGUACAAUGAACUGACAGCUAAGUACAGGGACGUCUUGCAAAAAGAUAACAUGCUUGUUCAAAGAGCAACUAACUUGGAACACUUGGAGUGUGAAAAUGUAUCUCUGAAAGAACAAAUAGAGUCUAUAAAUAAAGAACUGGAAAUUACUAAGGAAAAACUUCACACUAUAGAACAAGCCUGGGAACAAGAAACUAAGUUAGGAAAUGAAUCUAACAUGGACAAGACCAAGAAAUCAGUAACCAACAGUGAAAUCAUUUCUAUUUCAAAAAAAAUUACCAUGCUUGAAAUGAAGGAAUUAAAUGAAAGACAGCGGGCUGAACAUUCUCAAAAAAUGUAUGAACACUUAAGGACUUCAUUAAAACAAAUGGAAGAACGUAAUUUUGAAUUGGAAACCAAAUUUGCUGAGCUUACUAAAAUCAAUUUGGAUGCACAGAAAGUAGAACAGAUGUUAAGAGAUGAAUUAGCUGAUAGUGUGAGCAAAGCAGUAAGUGAUGCUGAUAGACAACGGAUUCUAGAAUUAGAGAAAAAUGAAAUGGAGCUCAAAGUUGAAGUGUCAAAACUGAGAGAGAUAUCUGAUAUUGCCAAAAGGCAAGUUGAAAUUCUGAAUGCGCAACAACAGUCCAGGGAAAAGGAAGUCCAGUCUCUCAGAAUGCAGUUGUUAGACUAUCAGGCACAAUCUGAUGAAAAGGCACUAAUUGCCAAGUUGCACCAACAUAUUGUCUCUCUUCAAAUUAGUGAGGCUACUUCUCUUGGUAAGUUGGAGUCAAUUACAUCUAAAUUGCAGAAAAUGGAGGCUCAUAAUUUGCGCUUAGAGCAAAAACUUGAUGAAAAAGAACAGACUCUCUAUUACGCUCGCCUGGAGGGAAGAAACAGAGCAAAACAUCUGCGCCAAACAAUUCAGUCUCUGCGAAGGCAGUUCAGUGGAGCCUUACCCUUGGUCCAGCAGGAAAAGUUCUCCAAAACAAUGAUUCAACUGCAAAAUGACAAACUUAAGAUACUACAGGAAAUGAAAGAUUUUCAAAAUGAACAUAGAAAUAUGGAGAACAAAACAUUGGAGUUGGAAUUAAAAUUAAAGGGCCUAGAAGAGUUAAUAAGCACUUUAAAGGAUUCCAGGGGAGCCCAAAAGGUAAUCAAUUGGCAUAUGAAAAUAGAAGAACUUCGGCUUCAAGAGCUUAAGUUAAAUCGAGAAUUAGUCAAGGAUAAAGAAGAAAUAAAAUACUUGAAUAACAUAAUUUCUGAAUAUGAGCAUACAAUCAAUAAUCUAGAAGAAGAAAUUGUACAACAAAACAAGUUUCAUGAAGAAAGACAAAUGGCCUGGGAUCAAAGAGAAGUUGAGCUGGAACGUCAACUAGAUAUCUUUGACCGUCAGCAAAAUGAAAUACUAACUGCAGCACAAAAGUUUGAAGAGGCUACAGGAUCAAUGCCAGACCCUAGUUUGCCCCUUCCAAAUCAACUUGAGAUCGCCCUGAGAAAAAUUAAGGAGAAUGUUCGGAUAAUCCUAGAAACGCAGGCAACUUGCAAAUCAUUUGAAGAGAAGCUAAAAGAAAAAGAGUCUGCUUUGUGUUUAGCAGAGCAAAAUAUCCUUUCAAGAGACAAAGUAAUCAAUGAAUUGAGACUUCGAUUGCCUGCCACUACAGAACGAGAAAAGCUUACUGCUGAGCUAGGCAGAAAAGAGAUGGAAGCACAGUCUCAUCACACAAUACAAAUUGCUCAUCAAACCAUUGCAAACAUGCAAGCAAGGUUAAAUCAAAAGGAGGAAGUAUUAAAGAAGUAUCAGCAUCUCCUAGAAAAAGCCAGAGAGGAACAAAGAGAAAUUGUUAAGAAACAUGAGGAAGACCUUCAUAUACUUCAUCAUAAAUUAGAACUACAGGCUGAUGAUUCACUAAGUAAAUUCAAACAAACAGCUUGGGAUUUAAUGAAACAUCCUCCUACUUCAGUUCCCACCAAUAAGCAUUUUAUUCGUCUGGCUGAGAUGGAACAAACAGUAGCAGAACAGGAUGACUCUCUCGCCUCACUUUUGAUCAAACUGAAGAAAGUAUCGCAAGAUUUAGAGAAUCAAAAAGAAAUCACUGCACUAAAAAUCAAGGAAUUUGAAAAUAUCAAAUUAAAACUCCAAGAAAACCAUGCAGAUGAAGUCAAAAAAGUGAAAGCAGAACUAGAAGAUUUAAGGUGUCAGCUGGCCCAAUCACAAAAGGAGUCACAGAGUUUAAAGUCUGAAAUUCAGGUUCAAAAGGAAGCAAAUUCUAGAGCUCCCACAACUACAAUGAGAAAUCUUGUAGAACGACUGAAGGGUCAGUUAGCCUUGAAAGAGAAGCAACAGAAAGCACUUAGUCGAGCACUUUUAGAACUUCGGACAGAGAUGACAGUAGCAGCUGAAGAACGUAUUCUUUCGGCAACUUCUCAGAAAGAGGCAAAUCUCAACGUCCAACAAAUUGUUGAUCGACAUACUAGAGAUCUCAAGUCACAAAUUGAAGAUUUAAGUGAAAAUCUUCUAAAAUUAAAAGACGCUCUUAAAACAAGUAAGAACAGAGAAAAUACACUAGCUGAUAAUUUGAAUGACUUAAACAAUGAACUACAAAAAAAGCAAAAAGCCUAUACUAAAAUACUUAGAGAUAAAGAUGGACUCGAUCAAGAGAAUGAUGAACUGAAAAGGCAAAUUAAAAGACUAACCAGUGGAUUACAGGGCAAACUUUUGCAAGAUAAUAAACAAAAUUUAAUUGAAGAACUUCAAAAGAAAAUUAAAAAGCUUGAAAAUCAACUUGAGAAAAAGGUAGAUGAAGUGGAGAUAAAACCAAUGAAAGAAAAGAGUGCUAGAGAGGAAUUAAUUAGGUGGGAAGAAGGUAAAAAAUGGCAAACCAAAGUAGAAGGAAUUCGCAACAAAUUAAAAGAGAAAGAAGGUGAAGUGUGUACUCUAACAAAGCAGUUGAAUACUUUGAAGGAUCUUUUUGCCAAAGCUGAUAAAGAGAAACUGACUUUGCAGAGGAAACUAAAAACAACUGGUAUGACUGUUGAUCAAGUUAUGGGAGUUCGAGCUUUGGAAUCAGAAAAAGAGUUGGAAGAAUUAAAAAAGAGAAAUCUAGACUUAGAAAGUGACAUAACUUACAUGAGGACCCACCAAGCUCUUCCUCGAGAUUCUGUGAUAGAAGAUUUACGCUUGCAAAAUACAUAUCUCCAAGAAAAACUCCAUGCUAUGGAAAAGCAAUUGUCAAAGGAUACAUAUUCUAGACCCUCGAUUUCAGGAGUCAGCUCCGAUGAUGUUUGCCAACGGGAACAGGCACUUCAGAGAGAAAACUUGAAAUUAUCAUCUGAAAAUAUUGAACUAAAAUUUCAGCUUGAGCAAGCAAAUAAAGAUGUGCCAAGAUUAAAGAAUCAAGUAAGAGAUUUAAAAGAAAUGUGUGAAUUUCUCAAAAAAGAAAAAACAGAAGUAGAGAGGAAACUUGGUCAUGUUAGAGGGUCUGGUAGAAGUGGGAAGACAAUUCCAGAAUUAGAAAAAACCAUUGGUUUAAUGAAAAAAGUAGUUGAAAAAGUCCAAAGAGAAAAUGAACAGUUGAAAAGAGCAUCAGGAAUACUGACCAGUGAGAAAAUGACUAAUAUCGAGCUGGAAAAUGAAAAGUUGAAGGCUGAACUGGAAAAACUUAAAGCUCACCUGGGUCGUCAGUUGAGCAUGCACUAUGAGUCCAAGACCAAAGGCACAGAAAAAAUUGUUGCUGAAAAUGAAAGGCUUCGUAAAGAACUUAAAAAGGAAAAUGAAGCUUCAGAGAAAUUACGUAUCGCCAAGAAUAAUUUAGAGAUAUUAAACGAAAAGAUGACAGUUCAACUAGAAGAGACUGGUAAGAGAUUGCAGUUUGCAGAAAGUAGAGGUCCACAGCUUGAAGGUGCUGACAGUAAGAGCUGGAAAUCAAUUGUUGUUACAAGGAUGUAUGAAACCAAGUUGAAAGAAUUGGAAACUGAUAUUGACAAAAAAAAUCAAAGCAUUAUUGAUCUUAAACAGCUUGUAAGAGAAGCAUCAGAAAGAGAACAAAAGGUUAAGAAAUAUACUGAAGACCUUGAGCAACAGAUUGAGAUUCUCAAACAUGUUCCGGAAGGCGCUAAGACAGAACAAGACCAUAAGCGUGAGCUCCAAGUCCUGAGAUUAGCUAAUAAUAAGCUGGAAAAAGAAAAAGCAGAAUUAAUGCAUCAGCUAGAAGUUAACAAGGACAAUAACGGCGAUGAAAGCACCUUACCUGAUACUGAUCAAUUAAAAGAAAAGAUAAAAGAUUUGGAGACACAACUCACAGCUUCAGAUUUAGAAAAGCAGCAAUUGAAGGAACAAAUAAGAAAGCUGAAGAAAGAACUGGAAAACUUUGAUCCUUCAUUUUUUGAAGAAAUUGAAGAUCUGAAGUAUAAUUAUAAGGAAGAGGUAAAAAAAAAUAUUCUCUUAGAAGAGAAAUUAAAAAAACUUUCUGAACAGUUUGGAGUUGAAUUAACUAGUCUUACUGAUGCUUCUGAACAGUUUGAAGAUGAAGAAGAAAGUCCUGAUAAUUUUCCCAUUUAUUAA